AAACGGGCGUUUCAGCGUCAAAUCGAAGCCUCGUCCACUUCGACGAGCCCUCGACUGCGCCUGCGCCUGCGCCUGCAGCGUCAUAGCGCACGAAAAUGACGAGGAUAACAGCGCCGGAUGACGAAGACGGAGAUGGCGACUCCCCUCCUCUUCCUACUCCUCCUCCUUUUCGUCCUAGUCCGUCAGCGUCUGCCUCCAGUAGAACUCCCUCACAGCGAGCGCUUCCGGACUUCCACAGCAGCUCUCCUACUCUUCUGUCGUUCACUUCCACCAGACCGCCACCUCAGUGGGUUCCUCUCGGCAAGCACCGUUUCUUCUCCUCUGCCGAUGGCAGCGGCAGCAGCACCGGGGAAUCACUGAAUCAUUACCCCAGAAGCAGUAAUCUCUUGAGCUGGGAUGCCGAUUCCUCACGCCUCUACGUGUGGGAUCCCCUAUCCCAAAGCGUACUUCGCCUCUCCUUGCGCUUCCGCGACCCUGAACCCCAUUCCUCGUUAUCUGCCGUCUUGGAGGCUGCCAUCCCCUUUGAGGUAUUGGCUUCAGAUAUUCAGAUUGAGGAUAAGGUUGAUCAUAUCUCUCUCAACAUAGAUGGAUCAUUAUUACUUCUUGCAGGAUCCAACAACGUAAGGAUCAUGCAUAUAAAUGACAAGACACCUGCAAUAGAACAACUGACAUGCAGGACAGACUCUGUUGCUGCACAACUAUUUUGUGGCCUAAACAAUGGCCUACAAAUUUUACAAGUAUCCUGGCAUCCAUACAGCAGUUGUCACAUAGGCAUUUUAUCAUCAGAUUCUAUCUUCAGGCUUUUCAAUUUGUCAUGUGACGUGGAACAUCCAGAGCAAGAAUAUUAUCUUCAACCUACUGAACCUGGAAGAUGCCAAAGUGCUGCAUCAUUCUGCCCUAUGGCAUUCUCAUUCGGAGGUGAACAUUUGUGGGAUAGAUUUUCUGUGUUUUUUGUUUUUAGUGAUGGCUCAGUUUUUGUCCUCUGUCCAAUCGUUCCUUUUGGAAGUUCCUGUCGUCGGUCACAUAUUGAAGAGAUUCAGAGUGACAUUACUAUGUUUGGUUUGAACCCUUCGUAUUCGGAAUCUGUUUGCAAUGCCCAUCUGGCCAUUGAUUGGUUAGAAGCUACAUAUCCUGAGCUAAAGGGUCAUUUAGUUGAGGGAGACAACACAUUGGUCUUGGUGGCUCAUCCUUAUGCUCCAAUAGAUGCUUCACUUUCCUUGCAGGGACCUCUUACUAAAGUUUAUCUCCGUGAGGGAAAUACCAAUUCUGAGGUGGACAGUGCAAUUGGCGAAGGCAGGGUAGUUGGCUUCCUUUACAAAUCUGUAGGCAAAGAUUCUGUUCUUAUAAUUUCUUGGAGUAGCGGUCAGUUGCAGAUUGAUGCACUUGCAGAUGAAGUCCAACCGCAGUGGAAUAUUGACGCUUCUCCUCACAUUUAUCUUGAUUCAAAUGGUCAUAUAAAGGGCAUUGCUAUGAUAUGUGAACCUAGUCCAAGAGAAAUUCUCAAUGAAAAGCUUUGUCUUCCAUUGUCUAAUAUCUCUGCUACAGAUAAAACCAACCUGGGACAUCCUCCUCAUCUAGUACGGCUUGCUAUUGUUGACUUAGCACUGCCAAUGAAUGUGUUACAUUGUCUUCCUUUGUCUUUAUUUCCUGACCCACUACUGACUCAUCGAUUUUAUUGUCUUCAUGGUGGGGGAAUAGAUUUGAUUGCUCUGCAAUUCCUGCCAUUCACUGAUCUGGACCCUGGUACAAAUGUGAUUGGAAAGCCUCCUUCAGUGUACCCUAUUAUAGAUACAUGUAGCAGUAAAUCUUGCUCAACCGUUUUUGGUUUCGCCCCAAUCGCUGAUUUGUACGGACACUCUCAGAUUGUUAGCUUACUGUCCUCAUAUGAGUUUGUUGUGCUAGAAAUGGAGGCUUGGGAUGAACUUCUGCACUUUCAUUAUGAUGAUGAUGGAAAAUCAAAUGCCAAUGUGGAAGGUCAUAUCCCUGAUAUCUUAAGCAAACGAGUUCUCACUGGGUCAAAGGCCAUUCCUGUUCCUUCUUCAACAAGUCUCCGAACAUUAAAUGCUGAUUCAAUAGAUGGGCGAGCAACUCUUCACCAUUAUAUUAAACUUUUCCGUGAGAAUUAUGUAGAAUAUGGACAUAAGGUCUAUAUUGAGCUCAAAGAACACUCUGGCUAUCUGCAUAAAGUUCUCAAGGAACAGCACAAACGCUUGAGUGAAGCAAAACAGUCUAUUGCGAAUGCUGAGUCCAAAGAAGCAGAUAUAAAGAACAGGAUUGUUCGCGCUUUCAAAGUCUAUGAGCUUUUGGAUCAGCGUUUACAAAAUUUCAGAAGCUUACCUGGAGCAAACAAAAAGCCAUUGACACGGGCAGAAAGUGAAUUCAAGGCCGAACUCGAUAGGUUCGCGGAGGUAGAGUUGGAUGCCUUACAUUCUGCUAUUCAAGCUUUGAGUGCGAGGCUAAAGAGAUUCUAUCAAUCUUCUCCUGCUAGUGCAGGAAAUGCGAUGAGGCAACCGGCAAAGAGUCGCAAGAAUGUGUCAGACCAGCAGUUGCUACAAUUGAGAUCAUCCCUUGAAAGGCUCUCGCUUCUGAACAAGGAAAACAUAAAGAAUCUAAAACAAAUAGAAGGUGCGCAAAAGAAUCUGGAAAAGUAGUACAAUUUUGUGCGCAUAACACAACAUUAUCAUGCAUCUAUAACUUGGAUCACUGUCUAUUUCAACACGGUACAUCCCAUAAGAUGGUAGAGGAACUUGAGAACACUUACCAACUCUAAGCAUAAAUUUAAUUUAAGUUGUCACUGAUAAAAUUUACAAAAGUGACCGAUUCUCUAUUGAUUGAUUCCUUAUCUUUGUAAAAGUAGCAAUGUAUUCAACCACAAACAUAUACUGAAUCACUAAGUCAAAGUUGCCAAAUAUUCAAAUCA